CCAUUUCGAUCACCACAGAUGAACAACUAGCACAUCACUUGCUUCAAACGUGUCCGCAUUCUCUCUCUCUCCGGUGGAUAUCUUAUGGACCUUCGCCGCCGAUCACCUGCGACCUCGAUCCGAUCACGGAAAGUUGCCGUCGACGAGGAACCCACAAACCCCCGCCACCUACAGAAACCUUCAUCGCCCAAGGCGUCGGACCUUCUACCCCUUCCAGUUUAUGCAAUCAAUGGAAUAGUCUUCACGCUCUUCUUCUCCAUUGCCUACUUUCUUCUACACCGAUGGAGAGAGAAAAUCAGGAAUUCAAUGCCUCUUCACGUUGUUACUCUCUCUGAACUUGUUGCUGUGCUCUCACUCAUUGCCUCCUUCGUUUAUCUAUUAGGAUUCUUCGGGAUCGAUUUCGUACAAUCCUUGUUCACCGGACGAUCUCCUCAAGACGAUGAAUGGGAUUCAGAGGAACAAGAAAUCGUUAAUGAGGACAAGCGUUGUGGUCCCUGUUCCGCUGCUAUUGACUCCAUCUCGGUUACUCAGCCAAUGACUCCUUAUUCUCCCAAUGCUGCUGCGGCACCGGAAGAGAAAUACUUACUUACGGGAGAAGAUGAAGAGAUCGUAAACGCGGUUGUCGCUGGUAAGAUCCCUUCGUAUUCGCUCGAAUCGAAAAUAGGUGACUGCAAGAGAGCGGCCGCUAUUCGACGAGAGGCGUUACAGAAGAUUACGGGAAAGGUCUUAGAUGGCCUCCCUUUAGAAGGAUUCGAUUACGAAUCAAUUUUGGGACAGUGCUGUGAAAUGCCUAUAGGUUACGUACAGAUACCAGUCGGCGUCGCCGGACCACUGCUUCUUGACGGCAGGGAAUACACCGUUCCCAUGGCGACUACAGAAGGAUGUUUGGUUGCGAGCACAAAUAGGGGAUGCAAGGCGAUCUACACCUCCGGUGGUGCCACUAGUGUUCUUCUAAGAGAUGCCAUGACUAGAGCUCCCGUUGUCCGCUUCUCUUCGGCCAAGAGAGCCGCAGAUCUGAAAAUGUUCUUGGAAGAUCCGAUGAACUUUGAUACCUUAUCCGUCGUUUUCAACAAAUCUAGCAGAUUUGGAAAACUUCAGGGAGUAAAGUGUGCAAUUGCUGGGAAGAAUCUAUACAUGAGAUUCAGCUGUAGCACAGGGGAUGCCAUGGGGAUGAACAUGGUAUCAAAGGGUGUACAGAAUGUUCUUGAUUUCCUCAUGUCCGACUUCCCUGAUAUGGAUAUCAUUGGCAUCUCUGGCAACUUCUGCUCAGACAAGAAGCCUGCAGCGGUGAACUGGAUUGAAGGGCGAGGGAAAUCUGUUGUGUGCGAGGCGAUUAUCAAUGAAGAAGUGGUGAAGAAGGUUCUGAAGACUAGUGUGGCUGCAUUAGUGGAGCUGAACAUGCUAAAAAACCUAACUGGCUCUGCCAUGGCUGGUGCUCUUGGUGGGUUCAAUGCUCAUGCAAGCAACAUUGUUUCAGCUGUGUUCUUAGCCACUGGUCAGGACCCAGCUCAGAAUGUAGAGAGCUCCCAUUGCAUCACAAUGAUGGAAGCUGUCAAUGAUGGCAAAGAUCUUCACAUCUCCGUCACCAUGCCUUCCAUUGAGGUGGGGACGGUGGGAGGUGGGACCCAGUUAGCAUCGCAGUCAGCAUGCCUGAACCUUGUGGGAGUGAAGGGAGCAAACAGGGAAUCCCCGGGAUCGAAUGCAAGGCUUUUGGCUACUAUUGUGGCUGGUUCGGUUCUAGCAGGGGAACUAUCUUUAAUGUCGGCUCUUGCAUCUGGCCAACUUGUGAGGAGUCACAUGAAAUACAACAGAUCUAGCAAAGAUAUUACACAAGCAGCUUCCUGAAGGAAAUGGUUAGAGUUCACUUCUUUUAUGAUGAGUUUAAUGUUGUAACCUUAUUCCCCGACUUUUAAACAAGCUGAAAUUGAUUUUCUGUUCUUUUACCUGUAAUUAUCGUUCUUUCUAUGUUACCAUCCUGUUCAAUA